UGGUGCGCUUUGAAGGCGGCCUGCUUGCUUCAGCCCAGCCCAAACUAACAUGGGCAUGGGCUUGGGGUUAAUCCUCCUCGUCAUCAUCGGUCUACCGCCGGCGACUGCGAGCGCCAUUUCUUGGGGAGGGAGGGAGAAGCGGAGAGGGCAGCGGCGCCGGCGAGGAGAGGGGAGUGUUCGCGAUGGGCCGGCGGAUCCUGAACGACGCUCUGCGCACGAUGGUCAACGCAGACCGGCGGGGGAACGCCACGGCACUCCUCCAGCCCAUCUCCGGCGUCAUGGUCUCCUUCCUCAACAUCAUGAAGCACCGAGGUUAUAUCAAAAACUUCGAGGUCGUUGAUCCGCAUAGAGUUGGGAAAAUUAAUGUGGAGCUUCACGGACGUAUUAAAGACUGCAAAGCUCUUACUUACAGGCAAGACCUCAGAGCUAAGGAAAUAGAACAAUACAGGGUUCGGAUGCUCCCAACACGGCAGUGGGGCUAUGUUGUGAUUACUACUCCUAAUGGUGUUCUAGAUCAUGAGGAAGCAAUCAGGCAGAAUGUGGGUGGCCAGGUCCUUGGCUAUUUCCAUUGAGAAGGAGCACCGUUCUCUAGUCCUGAAUGAGGCAAAUGGGCUGUGCCCGUCUGGCAUUGUUACUCUGUUGUUAUGACCGAGCCCAUUCUGUUUGGAUUUAGUGAGCUGUUUUGCUCUUGUUUGCUACCAACAAGAAAUGCAAUAACAUGUCAAAAGUACGGCUCACUACACCAGGAAAUUGCCUAUUGUUAAACAGAAACUGUAAUUUUUUCUUGAAGAAAAGUCAUAUUGAUGCGUGUGUUUGAUGAACGAUGAAUGACAGAUGUCGCAGAAAAACUGAUGUUGCUGC